CUGGUACUCAGAUGGCCACUCAUGGUGGCCUCCAUACAAAGACUUGGACCGGUUACUAAAGAGCGUCAGGUUGAUGGGGGCACCACAGCCAGAUAAGGGUUGGACCAAGCAUCAGGCCAGAAUUCUACAUGAGUCGGCAUCAUUUGACAACAUUUCCAAAAAAUGGAAAAGGGCAUGCUACACUUCUGACAUCUCAGAAUCUGAAAAUUCUAUAAAAAGAAUUCACAAAAAGAAAACAUUCUCAUCAGAUGAUGAGCUUCAUGAAACCCCCAACAAAAAAGUUAAAAUGAAUAGAGACAAAAAUCCACCUACACCAAAAAUCCAGCCCGCACCAAAGUCCCGCCUGCACCAAAACCUCCAGCACCUCUAAAAUACAUCAAGACAAAAGGUCCUGUUGUACGACCUCUGCUUACAACAAGCAAAGCAGUGAACUCUUUCAGCAAUUCAUUUGUUAAUCACCACCAAAGGGCCAUGGAGAAGCCAGAGCAGGCCCGUUUUGAGACUUUCCCCAGCUGUCAAGUUCCAUCAUUGUCAGCUCCAGAUGUUCCCAUGAGCUUCUCCCAGGCAGAUGAGCCACAAGAUCAUUGGGGUGAACACUCACCUGACAUUCAAGACCGCCAGCUGGAAACUUGGGAAGAACACCCAUCUAUCACUCAAGAGAACAAAUUCUAUGCCUUAAGACUCUCUCAAGACCAAAGACUAUCAACCACACAACAAGGAAGAAUGCAAACUGUUCCAGUGAGCUUGUCCAAUGAAAAUGAGCAAGAAGAUGCUUGGGGUGAACACCCAUCUAACUUUCAAGAGAACACAAUCUCUGAACAAAGAUCCUCAAGUACUCACCAGCCAAGAACAAAUAGUGCUUCUGGUGUGAGACGAUGGAGCUGCAUCACUAAUCAAUGUACACCUGUUGAGAGGACAAUUCUGGAGGCACUUAAUGAACUGGACAUGAAGAUCAAUCAUCUGACUUCAGUGGUCCAGUCCCUUGCAGCAAACAACCGUUCCAGUGCUCCAGUGGUGGACAGCGAGGAUGAUGUCUUCCCUCUCACAACCAUGGAGGAACUAGACAAACUGGAAAGAAAAUUAUCAGAGAAAGCAAUGAUGCAAAAGAUGGUGAACAGGUUAUCCAUCAGUGGAGGACACACACUGAAGAAAACAAUAUGGAGAAUAUGCUCCAAGGUGUUUGGUCCUGUAGCCAAACAACUAAACUGGUGUGGUAGGGGAGAAAAGCGAGGGAUCAGGAAAACAAACAUAGGAGCACUCCUAAUAGGAGCAGCUAUGAAGAAUCCCGUGCUUCCGUCGCCAACUGAAGCAGAGGCUGAAAAACACAUUAAGGAUUAUCUCCGCUUGGCCCCAGGGAGAAUGCCUUGUUAGUCAACUUGAUUUUUUGUUGUUUGUUUGGUUGGUUCAGGAUUAAAAUAAUAAUAAUAAUAAUAAUAACAUAAACGACUGCUUAUUUUCAUUCACUGUUAAUAAAAGGAUACAAAUCAUUCAACAG